UCCCUGUCCCUUGUAUCUUUGAGAAGAAAGUGUAUUGGGCGAUUCUAAACCGGUAUAAAUUUGGAAACAAAGUGCUUCGUUGAAGGUGGGGGCGAGUAUUACUUUAUUUUGUAGUGAGGUGUGAAAAAUGCGAAAAGAAACUGUGUACAAGAAGCAAUGGUAUUUUGGUUAAAGUGCAAAGACAAUAUCUUGCUCCUGUGAUUACAGUCAUUUUGCGUGGAUGUAGAAGUCUGUGAAAGAGUAUCAGCACUAACUUGUUACAUUGAAUAAGUGGACUGUGAGACAUCAGUUUUGAGGUUGAACAAACUUGACGCCAGAAGACAACCGUGUUGUGUAAUACGUAAUGGAGGAAGGCGACAUAGAAACUAGUGUUGAUGUAGAAAAUCUUAAUCUUAGUUUUGGAGAAGAUAUGGGUGACGACAUCAAAUUGGAUGAAAUGAGUGAAUAUGACACUCGGAGCGAGGUGAGCUCAUCGAGUUCGGAGGACAGCGCUUCCAGUCACCAAAGCAUAACUUCCGUCAGCUCAGAUUCGACUGAUCGUAGGAAGCGACGACCAAGACACAGACUAAACAGAAGUCGCUCAAGAGAAAGAAAAAGCCCUCCACCGGUGCUAAAGCGUUCGAAGUCGAGAGAGAAAUCGAAGUCAUAUGACUACAUAACGAAGCUCAAUUAUUUAUUCAGAGAUGCAAGAUUUUUUCUUAUUAAGAGCAAUAAUGCAGAAAAUGUAACUCUGUCAAAAGCAAAAGGAGUUUGGUCAACACUUCCACAGAAUGAGUCGAAGUUGAACCAUGCUUACAGAGAAUGCAGAAAUGUUAUUCUUAUAUUCUCGGUUAAAGAAAGCGGAAAAUUUGCUGGCUUUGCACGACUGAGUGGAGAGUCCAGACGGGAUGUAUCUCCAAUUUCUUGGGUACUACCCCCAGGACUUUCAGCAAGAGCCCUAGGAGGUGUUUUCAGAGUGGACUGGGUUUGCCGCAAAGAGUUGCCUUUCAGUGCAACAGUACAUCUGUACAAUCCAUGGAAUGAGGGAAAACCAGUAAAGAUUGGUCGUGAUGGACAAGAAAUUGAACCAAAAGUGGCAGCAGAGUUAUGUCGCCUUUUUCCUGUUGAUGAAGGUAUUGAAAUGACGCCAAUUUUGAGAAAAUCAAAGGAAGCAGCAAAGAUGAUAAAGCCUCGUGUUACACAACACAGAACUGAAAGAUACCAGCGCAGUGGUGGCAGCAAUAGAUUUUCACCAAGGGGAACAUUUUCAUGGCGAAGCCGUGGUGGUUCCUUUGGUCGAGGGCGCCGCAAGUACUUCAUGAGUGUCAGAAGCAGGUUGGGAAGCAGUGGAGGAGUCUUCAAGCGAUCAUCGUCAUCUCGUCAAAGGGAUAGACUGGGUAACUGGUUCCCAAGAGAUGGAGAUCGUGGAUCAUUUGGUGGUGGGAGUCCCGUGGCAGCAGCACAGGCCUAUGUUGCAGAUUAUAUGCGGCAGAUGCAGCAUCAACUGCCACCUAUGCCAUAUGCUCCACCACCAGGUGUCUACAUGUCAUCUUCGAGCACCUCACCAUAUGAUGCAGCGCCACCACCUCGUUAUUAUGAUGGGCCGCCACUUCCUGAAUACUCAUCAAUGCCUUCACGGUCUUCAAGCCAUUCAGAUAAACGAUCAUAUGAUCGUUCUGUUGAUGAGUUUCUAUGGAGAACCUGCGAAAGAAGAGACCGUGAUCGUGAUCAUCACCGAUACCGUGAACGACGAUGAGACUGAAUGUAUGUUUGCUUGUCAUUCAUCCAUAUUACAUGCAUAUGGCCAAAUCUCAUUCAGGAAUAUCAUGAUAUUUGUUGACUAAGAAUUUGGCUUUGUCUUGAUUUCUUAAGAAUAGCCUAUUUGUCAAAUGGUAGUAGCCUGAUUAAUUAUCUGACUUUUUUAUUUAAAAUGGUCUGAGGUUUCAGUGUUGUUUUGUGAUAUGCACCAAAUAAUGGAUGAAAUGGGAAUAACUGCAGUAAUCUUCUCGUAGAGAUGCCUCAUUGGUAUUGGUAUUUGGUUGUGUAUAGUUAAAACAGAUCAGACGCCAAACUUAAAUCAUUUUUCGAUAUUUUCACCCAUCCAGUUAGUAUGUGAUUGAAGAAAGGCUAUAAUAGUUUCUGUGACUUGGUGUGUAACUACAGCAUUCUUAUCAUUCCUGAAAGGCUAUUAAGCUUUGCUACUUUGGUUCAGGAGCCAUUUGACAUUAAGGAAUAAAUGUUCCUGCCAACCAAAGGUAUUUGUUUCAUCUUUCUCUUGCCAGCUGUACUUCGUACAGUAUUUUGUGGAACAGACACAUUUGUAGCCACAUUGGUUUCUAGACAUCACGGUUGUAUAAAAUCAGCACUCACCCAAAGUGUGAAGCCACACUUCAGUAAAAUUAAUAUUGUCCCCAGCAAAAAAUUAUUCAUUGCUGCCUUAUUUUUCUGAUUUGUUGUUUGUUUCAAAGGAAGAGAGAGUGCACUAAUUGUAGUAACAUGCUGCUUCUAUGCAGAAAAUUUUAUAGAUGUUACAUUAAGCAUUUGAACAAGUUAAUAAUCCAAAAUUAUUUUGACAUUUGGUGCUUUUUGCAGUGCAACGUGGCUUCACAUUGUACAUGACGAUUGGCUUAUAUUUCCUAUAGUGGCCUGUUGUGUGCCUAUGGAUAGCUGUUAAUUGUCGGGUGCUUUAUCUACAUAUUUAGCUUGCUGUGUGUUUGCAAAACACAAUACAGCUAAGAAUAGCACUUGUAGAUUUAAUUUUAAAAAAAACAUUAAUUAUGUUUGCCUUACUUGUAUUCACAGUUACUCGUUUUGCUUAUUAGUAAUGAGCUAAUAUUAGAGGAUGGGUGUAUAAUGAUAUUCCUGAAUGUGAAAGUAAGGUUCAUUAUCUAUGAAUUCCAUUUUCACAUUAAUGAAGUAGUUCUUUAUUCAGUCAGUGGCUCUUUGAAUUGUGAUGUGUUUAAUAUAGUGAACACAGUGAAUGUAUUUUAAGACCCUUUUUUUUUUAAGUGUGUCAAGGAACUAAAUAAAUAAUAUAUUUUGAAACGUGUGUUAUGAACAG